ACAUUGUGAGAGUUAUACGCUUAUACAGUUCCUUGGGACAUCAGGUACGAAUCCUCAUAUCUAGUGGUAACUGAGUCACUAUCUGCAUCUCACUCUCUUUAGCGAUCGGUUCUUGAGGAUUUGAUUGAACUUCUUGCAUAUUUAUUAUGGCUAAGUACCAGUCUGGAAAUUAAAGGGUAAUUUUUGACCUUUAAUUCCCCAACAAUGACUGAAGUGAAGAACUUGAAGAUCACAAACUCCAGCAAAGGAGUUCAAAUUCAUUGUGAAAGAGACUCUCAGGAAAAUGUCCAAAAUCUACAGAAUUCUGUGGAUGCUGUCAAGAAGCUUGAGAUGAAUAUAAAGUUCAAACUCCCUGUACCAGCCAACUCGAACAAGCGUGGACCUCAAGGCACACUAGAUGGUGAAAAAGGAAAGCGGCAAAAAAUGGACUGGAGUAUAAAGCAACAGUGUGGAGCCAUUCUCCAACUGCUAAUGGCUCACAAACAUGGGUGGGCAUUCCUAAAACCUGUAGAUCCUGUUGCUUUCAAUAUUCCUGACUAUUUUGCUAUAAUCACUAAACCUAUGGAUCUGGGGACUGUCCUAUCAAAGUUAGAAGGCAAUAUGUACUUCUGUGUUGAGGAAUUUGCUGCAGAUGUGCGCUUGACAUUUGCUAAUAGCGUGAGAUAUAACCCUCUUGAUAAUCCAUUUCAUACUAUGGCAAAGGAAUUAGAUAGUCUUUUCAAUAAACAAUGGAAAUUAAUGGAGGCGAAUUGGAAAAGUAAGAGUGGAAGUGCUGAACAGGGUUGUCUGCCAAAUCGAAGAGGAAAAGAUUUUCAAGAUAUGAAUAAAUGUUACAUAAAGAAAGCACCAUUGCAUGUUAAGCCGAUGACAAAGAGGUUGAUGCGGAUUGAGGACAAAGAGAAGCUAAAGAAGGAGCUUCUUGAGCUAUUAAGAGGAAAGGUGAUUGAUAAUAUGCAGAGCACACUCCAAAAGUUUGGAUUGGGAAAAGAAAAAUUGAAUGUUGAGAUUGACACAUUGGAUGAUGAAACUUUAUUGGAGUUAAAGAGGAUAUUGGUGGCAGCAAAGUUCACUUUUAUGCUCAAAAUAUUUGAGCUGAAAUUUUUGGUUUCACAAUAUUUGUCAUUAAUGUUCUGUUAUGCAGGCAGAACCUAUCAUCCAAAAUAGUAUUGGAAGAAGUAAGUGCACUUCCUUGACGUUGAAAGUUUGGAUGGAUAAGAGUACUGAGAAGAUUUGUCUUUCAAUGGCUUCAAAAGGGUUGUGGAUAUAACGGGCAUAGAUGAUUGGAGAUACUGGAGUCGAAUUUCAUCCGAAGAAUUAAUGUGAGGAACUGUGAUCAUUGUGGAUUAAUUAGCCUAGAAUUGGAUAACUUUUUGUUUAUAGAUGCUUGUGUUUUUGGAUGGGCUGAUUGAAUCCGAUUGUUAUGAUGAAAUCCUCUCAUACCAAACAAAAAUGUUCUUUGAUAUCCAUGCUCUGGAGUUCUUUGAUUAUGACAUAUGUAAAUAAGUUUAUUUUUUGGAAUGGUUUAACACUUUAACAUAUGGAUUUUCUCAGGGUGAUAUGGAAGUCUCUGUAGAAAAUGUUCAUGUUCUUGUUCA